UAAAUCAGUUAAAAUGGGCUCGGCCGACUCCAGAGUUCGUGUGCUCUGCUUUUUCGCUACUUGACCUGCGUAUGCAGAUCCCGGCUGCUGCGCUCGCCAACGGCUAGGGUUCGACGAAUCGUGCAACCAAUAAAGCAUUCUCGUCGAUCUGGGACGCGAUGGGUGGUAAGAUGGAUGCCUCGGAGGAUUACUUUUACAGCCAGAUCGGAGAUGCGCAGUUGUCCGUCGGCGCGCGGGUUAAUCUCAUGGGUGCUGUCUCCUCCAUCAGCGAAGGAAAGAAGACCAAAGGAACAGACUUUUCUACUACAUUGAAGAUAAUCGACGACAGUUAUUCAGAGUUUGGAUUUUCUGUGAACUUCUUCGCUGUAGUUCCUACAAGGUUACCUUGUGUCAGAUCAAUUGGUGACAUAAUUAGCAUUCAUCAACUUGAGGUGAAGCUGUACAAAGGAAUUGCACACGGUGUUUAUAACAAGAAGAUCUCUUCCUUUGCCUUAUUUGAAGGGAACCCAAUAGAGGGUUUCCAUAAUUAUCAAAAAUCAGUGAACUAUCAAGCUACUGAACAUGACGAUGAUCUUUUAUCAAAAAUUAAUGCAUGGCUACUUCAUAAUGCACCUGAGGCAGUGAGAAAAGACCAGUUGUUUCCAAUAUGUCAUCUUAAGACAGGAUGUCCAUUUGAUCUAGUUUGCAAGGUUCUUCAUGUUUCCAUAACUUCUGAAGAGGAUUGUUUGCUCUUUGUGUGGGAUGGAACUGAUACUCGUACAGCAAAUAUAGAAGCUGAUCUUGAUCUUGAAGGGGAGAAUCCAUGUCCUUUACAUGCGGGAGAGUUCCUUCCUUCAGCAGAGAAAUUUUGCACGUUUCCUUUGAUGGGCUCAGUUGUGUGGGUAUUUGCUGGUAAGCAUUUCAAAAUGAUCUCGGAUCUAUAUGGCGGUGGUCAGUGGGUCAAGUUGCAGAAUAUGUUUUGUGAACUUCAUUGCGGAAUGUUGUACGGCAUGCUGACACCUUCUAGUAAAAUCAUCCUUGUUUCUGAUGAAGAAUCGGUUGUACAAUACCGUUUAAAGAAUUAUGAUGAUCGCAAUGUAAUUACAAUGAGAAGAUAUCCUAUGAGCUUUUCUAUACCUUCUCGAAUUACAGUGGUGGACUGUGAUGACGUGGCAUGUAUAACUUUGAGACAUUCAAUUGCUUAUCCAGAGGUGACACACAAGUGUAUGUGCAUUGUUCGAUUGGUAGCAGCAUAUCCAUGGAAGGCUGAGGAUCUUAUUUCUCCAGUUACAGGACGCUACCGUGUUAGAUUUACCUUGGAAGAUCCCACAGGAAGAAUUCGUGCAUACCUUUGUGCAGAAGAUGGGGUGAAUUUUUUUGAUGGCUAUCCAAGCUCUGAUGUGUUGGCGAGCAAAAUGAAGAAGCUUCUUGGUAUACCUGAUUCUUCUGAUGGACCAACAAAUUGUGCUAGAAAUCCACCGUGGUUCAGGUGUUGUUUGGCUUCUUAUUAUCUCGACAAAAGUCAACCUAGGGAGACCAGGAGAUAUAGAAUAUUUGGCACCAAACUAGUUGUCUGAACAGAAAAGAUGUACACAUUCGAAAUAAGGGAUCCAGUCCAGCAUCAUGCAAAUGUUUGUACAAAUUUAGAUGCUUGGGAUGUGCAAAUGCUGCUUCUGCGACUUACUACUAUACAUGUGAAUAUCGUAUUUGGAGUCUUCAUCUUUUUA